UCCUCCUCCUCCUCCUCCUCCACCACCACCGAUCCAUCCACACUCGGGAACCUCGAAACGUCGGUUGCCCACAGAGCCAACAAAAUGAGGAAUCGUGCAGAAGAGGAGGUCAACAGAAAGGAGAAUUUCGCAACAACGCGUUUAGAACAAGACCACGAGGAUUCCUUUGAACAAGCGUUGGACAACGCCGAAUCGAAAUGGCAGACAUUUGAAAUGGCAAACGACCGUCCUUUUGUGGACAAUGGUGUCUCAUUCUGGUCAUCGUCCACGAAUAAGAAGAAGAAGACGACGACGAAAGUUGAGCAGACGGCGGACAGCGGGGAGGCGGACAUGUCAAACGGGAAUAGCAGUCAAGUAAUGAGGGACCUGGGCCCGCCGGGCUCUGUCGGCUGGACUGUCUCCAGGAAUAAGAACGAGAGCGGGAAACGGACCAGCAAAGAGGAUAGGAGAAGACCUAGCUUUUGGCAAGAGGAUAUCCAGGUGGGCUGCCGUGAGCUCCGGGCCCGGCGCUACAUAACAGACGGGUUCUGCACGUCGGAGAAACCCGUCAAGGAAGUGGUGUGUGCCGGCAACUGUCUGCCCAUCAUGGACAUGCCGUGGUACGCCGAGUUUGUGAAGACGUUAGCGAGGACCAAACUGCGAGACUGGCAGUGCGUGGAAGAUGUAGUGAAGAAAAAACGCGUGAAGCUUCUGUGUCUGAACGGCGACAUUCGAGUGUACAGGAUCAAAGUGGUGAAAAGCUGUAAAUGCAAGAAAAUCAGUAACUUGCACAAUCGGACAUCAUACCGAGGUAAGACGAAGAAGAGGAGACGGAGGAGGAGGCGCAGGAAGCAGGAUAGGAAGAACAAAGCCGGAAGAGGGUCAUGACAGAUUGAUAAAUAGUAUUUUUUUUAGAGUAUUCUUACAAAGUGUGGCGCACGUAUGUGUCCUGUGAAGUGCGUGUAGAUAUAUUGGUGAUGGGUGUGUUCCUGGUCGGGGUCACCCGGCCGGCUCAUCAGGAGCAACGGUCUUGGAAGGAUACCAGGGGGAGAGAAAUGGAGGCGCGGGGAGCUCACGCGCUCCCUGUGUUGCGUGUGUGUGGCCUUCCUGGAGACAUCAUUUCUCAAGGUCUUCGAGGAUGGAUCUGACGUGCGAUGCUGAAUUACAGACGGGCUCUUUCAGGACGAGCUGUGACGUCACUGGAGUUUGACGAGGCUCACACAGGCUUUUCCCGCUUUGUGAUAUCAGGAAAGAAUUCGAGCCAGUUAGAUGGAGUAAAUUUCACCCCCGGAAAAAAACGUGUUGGUGUGUGUGUCCAACUAUAUCGUGUACCGAAUGUAAAAAAAAAAAA